UAACCUCUAUAGCGUUCCCGCCAAGGUAGCCCGGCUGCGUGCUUGUUCUCCGCGAAGCGCUAUUUCUGAAAACAAAGCUACUUGUGUAAUAUUAUCAACGCCAUGGCUGAUAAAGAAGCAGCGUUUGAUGAUGCUGUGGAGGAGAGGGUGAUAAAUGAGGAGUACAAGAUAUGGAAGAAGAACACGCCCUUCCUCUAUGACCUGGUGAUGACCCACGCCCUGGAGUGGCCCAGCCUCACAGCACAGUGGCUGCCUGAUGUCACCAGACCUGAGGGGAAGGAUUUCAGUGUACACAGGCUGGUUCUUGGCACACACACAUCAGAUGAACAGAAUCACCUGGUCAUUGCCAGCGUGCAACUGCCCAAUGACGACGCGCAGUUUGAUGCUUCUCACUAUGAUAGUGAGAAAGGCGAGUUUGGAGGCUUUGGCUCAGUCAGUGGUAAGAUAGAGAUUGAAAUCAAGAUAAACCAUGAGGGAGAGGUGAACAGAGCCCGCCACAUGCCCCAGAACCCCUGCAUCAUCGCCACCAAAACCCCAACCAGUGAUGUGCUUGUCUUUGACUACACCAAACAUCCCUCCAAACCAGAUCCAUCUGGAGAGUGCACCCCAGAUCUGCGUUUGAGGGGACACCAGAAGGAGGGUUACGGUCUCUCCUGGAACCCCAACCUGAGUGGCUGUCUUCUCAGCGCUUCUGAUGACCAUACGAUCUGUAUGUGGGACAUCAGUGCAGUUCCUAAGGAGGGGAAGGUUGUGGACGCUAAGACCAUCUUCACUGGACACACAGCUGUUGUGGAGGACGUUUCUUGGCAUCUACUGCACGAGUCCCUCUUUGGAUCUGUAGCUGACGACCAGAAACUCAUGAUUUGGGACACGCGAUCAAACAAUACGUCGAAACCUAGCCAUGCUGUGGACGCCCACACUGCAGAGGUCAACUGUCUGUCCUUCAACCCUUACAGCGAGUUCAUCCUGGCCUCAGGCUCAGCAGACAAGACGGUUGCUCUUUGGGACCUGAGGAACCUGAAACUGAAGCUGCAUUCAUUUGAGUCUCACAAAGAUGAGAUCUUCCAGGUCCAGUGGUCUCCUCAUAAUGAAACCAUCUUGGCCUCCAGUGGCACAGACAGGCGACUCAACGUGUGGGACCUCAGUAAAAUCGGAGAGGAGCAGUCACCAGAGGAUGCUGAGGAUGGUCCACCUGAACUGCUGUUCAUUCACGGUGGUCACACAGCUAAGAUCUCCGACUUCUCGUGGAACCCCAACGAGCCCUGGGUCAUCUGUUCGGUGUCUGAGGACAACAUCAUGGAAGUUUGGCAGAUGGCUGAGAACAUCUACAAUGACGAGGACCCAGAGGGAGCAGCAGACACUGAGGUCCAGGCAUGAGUGAAACUGUUUAGUCACACAACAACCCUCCAUUGAUCACAUCCUCAAAUCACUUUUUUUCUUUUCUUUAAAAAACAAAAUAGAACACAAUGUUUAAAUGUCUUUGAAAAAAUACAUGGUGCGUAAGAGUGGGUUGUUUUGCAUUUUUGUAGGGGGAAACAAAUGUAGGGGGGAAACAAAUGAUGCUCAUUGUGUUAGUAACAUUUAUACAGUUUAAUUUCAUAAGAAAUUACAUAGAUUUUCAUUUCAUUCCCUUGACAGCUGUAUUGUAGGUUUCCCCAAUCACCUUUGUAUGACUAGUAUCCCUGUCUUGCUUUGUAUGCCACAUCUGCAUCGGAUUUCUUUUUGCUGUGUAUGUGUAUUCAUAAUAAACAUUGUUUUUACAGUAGACCUUCCAUGCACAGUGCAGUUUACAGUUAAGACAUGCUGAUCUCACAGCCAAGGCCAACUGUCAUAAUGGCAAUGUUAAUGUAUUAAGAGCAGUUUAAGUAAACCAAUCACUGACAUUAUUGGCUAAAUGCACAAUCAAGGACACUUGCAAACAAUACAAGUUCGGUCUGGAGGGGUUGUGGAUAGUCCAGCUGUUUUGUCAACUGUCCUGUACUUCCAUGGAAAAGUUAUGAUUCCCCUUCAGCAAAUGUCUUGCUUACUUCAAUACAGCCCAUGUAAUAAAAUCACCUUGAGACUC